AUGAAAGAGUACAAACUGGUGGUGGUUGGAGAAGGAGGCUUUGGGAAAAGUGCAUUGACUAUUCAGCUGAUUCAGAAUCAUUUUGUUGAUGAGUUUGAUCCUACUAGAGGAUUUGUACAGAAAGCAAUAGUCAUCAAUGGGGAGACCUUCUUACUGGACAUCUUGGGCACAGCUGGCCAAGAGGAAUACAGUGCCCUGCAAGAUCAGUACAUGAGAACAGGAGAAGGCUUCCUCUGUGUCUUUUCUAUUAAGAACACCAUCUUUGAAGACAUUCAUCAGUAUAGAGAGCAUAUCAAGAGAGUGAAGGACUCCAAUGAUAUGCCCAUGAUAUUAGUGGGGUAUAAGUGCCUGGACUUGGAAAUGUGGCAAGUCCAGGAGCUAGCUUGGAGCUAUGGGAUUCCAUACAUACAGACGUCAGCCAACGGAGUCGAAGGUGCCUUCUAUACUUUAGUGCGAGAGAUCCGGCAGCACAAACUACGUAAAUUGAAUCCCCAAGAUGAAAGUGGUCCAGGCUACAUGAACUGCAAAUGUGUAAUAUCAUGACCAGA